AUGCUUCCAUUUCUACAUGAAGAAAAGGCCAACAAUGAUCCACAACCACCUACUUCUGCUGUGAGAGAAGUAGUGGGUGUCACGUGGUUUCCACCUCCACCUACUUUGUUCAAAGUUAACGUGGACGGUGCCACUACAAAGCAUCAGAAUUUUGUUGGUGUGGGGUCUGUUAUCCGAGAUGAACUGGGUCGGGUGGUAGCAGCUAUGAGCAGACAAAUUCCAGCGCCCUUGGGUCCCUUAGAAGUGGAGGCAAAAGCUUUUGAAGCUGGUCUUCAAUUGGCUAGGGACAUGGGCUUUCAAGAUAUAAUUCUGGAAGGUGAUUCACUGAUUCUUGUCCGCGCCCUUUGUGGUCUUUCUUUGCCUCCUUCAACAAUUGAUUCAAUGGUUGUGGGGAUGCAACUCCUAAGUUCAGAUUUUCGCACGGUUUAUGUUUCUCAUGUAAGGAGGCAAGGGAACAAACCUGCCCAUAUUUUAGCUAAAUAUGCUCUUGGCAUAAAUGAAUCUGUUGUAUGGAUUGAAGAGACUCCUUGUUGUAUUGAACAAGCCCUCAUCCAAGACUUUGUCACUGUUUCUGGUAUUUGA